AAAGUCUCAGGCAGCGCGCCCGUGUCAUCGUAGCGACUGAGCUCCGGGCUCGACCGGCCGGCCGGCUGGCUGGCGGCGGCGGGGCCGUGGAAGGAGCAGCCCGAGGCUGACGGGUGAGGCGCUCGAGCGGGCCCGCGGCCUGAGGAGCCAGGGCCGAGCGGCUUGGUUGGGGGGGGAGGGGGCUCUGAGUCCCCGCUCCGGCCUCCGGCGAUGAGGAAGGCCCUAGGCGGAACCUGGGUAGGGCGUGGGGGGUCUGGGGGACCCCAGCGGGGGCCGGGAGGGGACCGGAAAUGGUCUUUGGAGCCUGGAGGGCGUCUAGGAAGGGAAAAAGUGGGGGGCCGGAAGUGCAGGUGGGGGGCGUGAAGACGGCAAGGGUUCCCCGGAAAUGGGACGGGGGGCCCGGAAACAGGGAAAGGGAGGCGCUGAGCCGUGGACGGCCCGGAAAUGGAAACUAGGGAGCAGCUCGAGUGACAACUGUUGUGAGGCGAGGGUCUGAGGAGGGAGCGGCGGGAGUGACUUUGGGCCGCGUGAAUGGUAGUGUCUAGAAAGGGUAUGUCCCUUCAAGAGAGAGGUGCCAAUGUCCAACCGGCCUAAUAACAAUCCAGGGGGGUCACUGCGACGUUCACAGAGGAACACUGCCGGGGCCCAACCACAAGACGACUCAAUAGGAGGAAGGUCACACUUAGGGCAGGCAAAACGUAAGGGAUAUAUCCCUCCUGAGAGUAGAAAAUCUAAUUUUAAGGCACCCAAAGUGCAAUCUAAUACUACUACUGAACUGUCAAGGGGACACCUUUCUAAAAGAAGCUGCAGUUCAUCAUCUGCUGUCAUAGUUCCACAGCCAGAGGAUCCAGACAGAGCCAGUACUUCAGAAAGGCAGAAAACGGGGCAGGUGCCUAAAAAAGACAAUUCUCGAGGAGUGAAACGCAGUGCUAGUCCAGACUACAACAGGACCAAUUCUCCUAGCUCUGCAAAAAAGCCCAGAGCAUUUCAGCAUAUUGAGUCUCUCUCAGAAACCAAUAAGCCACAUAGUAAGUCAAAGAAGAGACAUUUAGACCAGGAGCAACAACUGAAAUCUGCACAAUUGCCAUCAACAAGCAAGGCUCACACCAGAAAGAGUGUGGCUGCUGGCAGUUCACGGAGUCAGAAAAGAAAGAGGACAGAGAGUUCUUGUGUUAAGAGUGGUUCUGGGUCCGAAACAACUGGUGCCGAAGAGAGAUCUGCAAAACCCACCAAGCUGGCUUCAAAAUCGGCCACCUCAGCCAAAGCUGGGUGUAGCACCAUCACUGAUUCUUCUUCUGCUGCCUCUACUUCCUCCUCAUCUUCAGCUAUAGCCUCGGCCUCUUCUACUGUACCAGCAGGUGCCAGGGUGAAACAAGGAAAAGACCAGAACAAGGCCAGGCGUUCCCGUUCAGCAUCCAGCCCUAGUCCCAGAAGAAGUAGCAGGGAAAAGGAACAGAGUAAAACUGGUGGCUCUUCAAAAUUUGAUUGGGCUGCUCGCUUCAGCCCCAAAGUUAGCCUACCUAAAACAAAACUGUCUCUUCCAGGGUCUUCUAAGUCAGAGACAUCAAAACCUGGACCUUCUGGAUUACAGGCCAAAUUAGCAAGUUUAAGAAAGUCUACCAAGAAGCGCAGUGAGUCCCCACCUGCUGAGCUCCCCAGUUUGAGGAGGAGCACACGCCAAAAGACCACGGGCUCCUGUGCUAGUACCAGUCGGCGAGGCUCUGGCCUGGGCAAGAGAGGAGCAGCUGAGGCCCGGCGGCAAGAGAAAAUGGCAGACCCUGAAAGCAACCAGGAGACAGUAAAUUCCUCAGCUGCCCGGACAGAUGAAGCUCCCCAAGGAGCUGCAGCCUCUAGUUCUGUUGCAGGGGCUGUUGGCAUGACCACCUCUGGGGAGAGUGAAUCGGAUGAUUCUGAGAUGGGACGAUUACAAGCUCUGUUAGAGGCCAGGGGUCUUCCUCCUCACCUAUUUGGUCCUCUCGGUCCUCGGAUGUCACAACUUUUCCAUAGAACAAUUGGAAGCGGAGCAAGUUCUAAGGCUCAGCAGCUUCUUCAAGGACUACAAGCCAGUGAUGAAAGUCAACAGCUUCAGGCAGUCAUUGAAAUGUGUCAGUUAUUGGUCAUGGGGAAUGAGGAGACACUAGGAGGGUUUCCUGUGAAGAGUGUUGUUCCAGCUUUGAUAACAUUACUGCAGAUGGAACAUAAUUUUGACAUUAUGAAUCAUGCUUGCCGAGCCUUAACAUAUAUGAUGGAAGCCCUCCCUCGGUCAUCUGCUGUUGUAGUAGAUGCCAUCCCUGUUUUCUUAGAAAAGCUGCAAGUUAUUCAGUGUAUUGAUGUGGCAGAGCAGGCCUUGACUGCCUUGGAGAUGUUGUCACGGAGACACAGUAAAGCCAUCUUACAGGCGGGUGGUUUGGCAGAUUGCUUGUUGUAUCUAGAAUUCUUCAGCAUCAAUGCCCAAAGAAAUGCACUAGCAAUUGCAGCCAAUUGCUGCCAGAGUAUCACACCAGAUGAGUUUCAUUUUGUGGCAGAUUCCCUACCAUUGCUUACCCAAAGGCUAACUCAUCAGGACAAAAAGUCAGUAGAAAGCACUUGCCUUUGUUUUGCACGUUUAGUGGACAACUUUCAACAUGAGGAGAACUUACUGCAACAGGUUGCUUCCAAAGAUCUACUUACAAAUGUUCAACAAUUGUUGGUAGUGACUCCACCAAUAUUAAGUUCUGGGAUGUUUAUUAUGGUGGUUCGCAUGUUUUCUCUGAUGUGUUCCAACUGUCCAACAUUAGCUGUUCAACUUAUGAAACAAAACAUUGCAGAAACACUUCACUUCCUCCUAUGUGGUGCCUCCAAUGGAAGUUGUCAAGAACAAAUUGAUCUUGUUCCGCGAAGUCCUCAAGAACUAUAUGAACUGACAUCUUUGAUUUGUGAACUUAUGCCAUGUUUACCAAAAGAAGGCAUCUUUGCAGUUGAUACCAUGUUGAAAAAGGGAAAUGCACAGAACACAGAUGGUGCAAUAUGGCAGUGGCGGGAUGACCGAGGCCUCUGGCAUCCCUAUAACAGGAUUGAUAGCCGGAUCAUUGAGGUAGCAGCCCAUCAGGUCGGUGAGGAUGAGAUAAGCUUGUCCACUCUGGGACGAGUUUAUACUAUUGAUUUUAAUUCUAUGCAGCAAAUCAAUGAAGACACGGGAACAGCACGUGCCAUUCAGAGAAAACCUAACCCCUUAGCCAAUACUAACACUAGUGGAUAUUCAGAGUUAAAGAAGGAUGAUGCUCGAGCACAGCUAAUGAAAGAAGAUCCGGAACUGGCUAAGUCUUUCAUUAAGACCUUGUUUGGUGUUCUCUAUGAAGUGUACAGCUCCUCAGCAGGCCCUGCGGUCAGACACAAGUGCCUUAGAGCAAUUCUUAGGAUAAUUUAUUUUGCUGAUGCUGAACUUCUGAAGGAUGUUCUGAAAAAUCAUGCUGUUUCAAGUCACAUUGCUUCCAUGCUAUCCAGCCAAGACCUGAAGAUAGUAGUUGGAGCUCUUCAGAUGGCUGAAAUCCUAAUGCAAAAGUUACCUGAUAUUUUUAGUGUUUACUUCAGGAGAGAAGGUGUGAUGCAUCAAGUAAAACAUUUAGCAGAAUCAGAGUCUUUGUUGACAAGUCCCCCCAAGGCAUGUACAAAUGGGUCAGGAUCCCUGGGAUCUACUACACCAGCCAGCAGUGGUACUGCAACAGCAGCAACCAACGCCUCUGCUGAUCUGGGGUCACCUAGCUUGCAGCAUAGCAGAGAUGAUUCUCUGGAUCUGAGUCCUCAAGGUCGAUUAAGUGAUGUUCUCAAGAGAAAACGACUGCCAAAACGAGGGCCAAGAAGGCCAAAAUAUUCCCCUCCAAGAGAUGAUGACAAAGUAGACAAUCAAGCUAAAAGCCCCACCACUACUCAGUCACCUAAAUCUUCCUUCCUGGCAAGCUUGAAUCCAAAAACAUGGGGAAGGUUAAGCGCACAGUCCAACAGCAACAACAUCGAACCAGCACGAGCUGCAGGAGUUAGUGGUCUUGCCAGAGCAGCCUCAAAAGACACCAUAUCCAAUAAUAGAGAAAAAAUUAAAGGCUGGAUUAAGGACCAGGCACAUAAAUUUGUUGAGCAUUAUUUUAGUUCUGAGAAUAUGGAUGGAAGCAACCCUGCCUUGAAUGUCCUUCAGAGACUUUGUGCUGCUACUGAACAACUCAACCUCCAGGUGGAUGGUGGAGCUGAGUGCCUUGUAGAAAUCCGUAGCAUAGUCUCAGAGUCAGAUGUUUCUUCAUUUGAAAUCCAACAUAGUGGGUUUGUGAAACAACUGUUGCUGUAUUUAACAUCUAAGAGUGAAAAGGAUGCUGUCAGCAGAGAGAUCCGGUUAAAGCGUUUCCUUCAUGUAUUUUUUUCUUCUCCACUUCCUGGAGAAGAGCCUGUUGGAAGAGUAGAACCAGUGGGCCAUGCGCCUUUGCUGGCAUUGGUUCACAAGAUGAACAACUGUCUCAGCCAAAUGGAGCAAUUUCCAGUCAAAGUACAUGAUUUCCCUAGUGGGAAUGGAGCUGGAGGAAGCUUUUCUCUCAACAGAGGAUCACAAGCUUUAAAAUUUUUCAACACACAUCAGUUAAAAUGUCAGUUACAAAGACACCCAGACUGUGCAAAUGUGAAGCAGUGGAAAGGCGGGCCUGUCAAGAUUGAUCCCCUGGCUCUGGUGCAAGCUAUUGAGAGAUACCUUGUGGUUAGAGGAUAUGGAAGAGUAAGAGAAGAUGAUGAGGACAGUGAUGAUGAUGGGUCAGAUGAAGAAAUAGAUGAGUCUCUGGCUGCUCAAUUCUUAAAUUCGGGAAAUGUAAGGCACAGACUACAGUUUUAUAUUGGAGAACAUUUACUACCAUAUAACAUGACCGUGUAUCAGGCAGUGCGGCAGUUCAGUGUACAGGCUGAAGAUGAAAGAGAAUCUACUGAUGAUGAGAGCAAUCCUCUGGGAAGAGCUGGAAUUUGGACAAAGACUCAUACAAUAUGGUACAAACCUGUGAGGGAGGAUGAAGAAAGUACUAAAGAUUGUGUUGGUGGCAAAAGGGGGAGAGCCCAAACAGCUCCAACAAAAACUUCCCCCAGAAAUGCAAAGAAGCAUGAUGAGUUAUGGCACGAUGGAGUGUGCCCGUCAGUAGCAAAUCCUUUAGAAGUUUACCUCAUUCCCACACCACCUGAAAAUAUCACCUUUGAAGACCCAUCCUUAGAUGUAAUACUUCUUUUAAGAGUUUUACAUGCCAUCAGUCGAUAUUGGUAUUACUUGUAUGAUAAUGCGAUGUGCAAGGAGAUUAUUCCAACUAGUGAAUUUAUUAACAGUAAAUUAACAGCAAAAGCGAAUAGGCAGCUUCAAGAUCCUCUAGUAAUCAUGACAGGAAACAUCCCAACAUGGCUCACUGAGCUAGGAAAAACCUGCCCAUUUUUCUUUCCUUUUGAUACCCGACAAAUGCUUUUUUAUGUAACCGCAUUUGAUCGGGACCGGGCAAUGCAAAGAUUACUUGAUACCAACCCAGAAAUCAACCAGUCUGAUUCUCAAGACAGCAGGGUUGCACCUAGAUUGGAUAGAAAAAAACGUACUGUGAACAGAGAGGAGCUACUGAAACAAGCCGAGUCUGUGAUGCAGGACCUUGGCAGCUCUCGGGCCAUGUUAGAAAUCCAAUAUGAAAAUGAGGUUGGUACAGGUCUGGGGCCAACACUGGAGUUUUAUGCACUUGUUUCUCAGGAACUACAGAGAGCCGACUUAGGUCUCUGGAGAGGUGAAGAAGUAACUCUUAGCAAUCCAAAAGGAAGCCAAGAAGGGACCAAGUAUAUUCAAAACCUCCAGGGCCUGUUUGCGCUUCCCUUUGGUAGGACAGCUAAGCCAGCUCACAUCGCAAAGGUUAAGAUGAAGUUUCGCUUCUUAGGAAAAUUAAUGGCUAAGGCUAUCAUGGAUUUCAGAUUGGUGGACCUUCCUCUUGGCCUGCCCUUUUAUAAGUGGAUGCUGCGGCAGGAAACUUCAUUGACAUCUCAUGAUUUAUUUGACAUUGAUCCUGUUGUAGCCAGAUCAGUAUAUCACCUAGAAGACAUUGUCAGACAGAAGAAAAGACUGGAACAGGAUAAAUCCCAGACCAAAGAGAGUCUACAAUACGCAUUGGAAACUCUUACGAUGAAUGGCUGUUCAGUGGAAGAUCUGGGAUUGGAUUUUACACUGCCUGGGUUUCCCAACAUUGAAUUGAAGAAAGGAGGAAAGGAUAUUCCAGUUACUAUCCACAAUUUGGAAGAGUACCUAAGAUUGGUGAUAUUCUGGGCACUAAAUGAAGGUGUUUGUCGGCAGUUUGACUCAUUCAGAGAUGGAUUUGAAUCGGUCUUCCCGCUCAGCCAUCUUCAGUACUUCUACCCAGAAGAGCUGGACCAGCUCCUGUGUGGCAGUAAAGCAGACACUUGGGAUGCAAAGACAUUGAUGGAAUGCUGCAGACCUGAUCAUGGCUAUACUCAUGACAGUCGUGCUGUGAAGUUCUUGUUUGAGAUUCUCAGUAGUUUUGAUAAUGAGCAGCAGAGGUUGUUUCUCCAGUUUGUGACUGGUAGCCCACGAUUGCCAGUUGGAGGAUUUCGGAGUUUAAAUCCACCUCUGACAAUUGUGCGGAAGACAUUUGAAUCAACAGAAAACCCAGAUGACUUCUUACCAUCAGUAAUGACUUGUGUGAACUAUCUUAAGUUGCCGGACUACUCGAGCAUUGAGAUAAUGCGGGACAAACUCUUGAUAGCAGCAAGAGAAGGCCAACAGUCGUUCCAUCUUUCCUGAUCACAACAAGAAAUCAGUGUCUGCCUGUUACAGCAAAAGAAAAAAAAAAUCAUGAUUUCUUUUCUGUGUCACCUGAGUCAAGGAAACAUGUUCCUCCCUCUUGUAGGAAAACGGCUUACAGAUUAUAAUUCAUAAUGGCCUUGUGGACUUAAGUGAUCAGGCCCUAAAGCAUUGUUGUGAUGAGGUUUCUUUAGCAAGUUCUUGUUUAAAUUAUCAUUUAUUUGAUGAGUGAAGUUUUUAACUUGCUUUGCUGUGUGAAAUUUCAAAGGGAUGUUUUUUCAGGCUGGAACAAUAAAUGUCGCUGUGCAGUUUAAUUCUGGGCUGUGUGUAUCCAUCUAGCUAAGUCUGCAGUUUGUUUCUUCCAAAGACAACUCUUGUACAUAAGUACAGACAUUAAAUUCAUGUGUAUUUGACAACUCUAGUUUAGUAAAUGGGUUCUGCGUGCCUUCCACCUCUCUAAUUUUCUUGUCCCAGUUCAUUGCUGCCUCUGCAGUUCAUACAGGUUUGGUGUUUGGUUUUUGUUUGUUUGUUUGUUUUACUUUUUAAAUACAACACGUACAGUUUCAUUAGCCCCUGGCCUUGUCAUCCUGUGUUCAUUCAAAUUAAGAUACAAUCUAAAAUUCAUUGAAAUAUAUUCUCAAUAUAAUUCAGCCUUUGUAACUAGGCAGGUAGGCUUUUCUCAUAGUUUAGUUUUAAAAUAGUUACAGAACACGCUUGGCUUCUUGCCAGGUGAUACACUAGGUCUGUUUACAUGGUAUUUCCCUUGUCCUCUGGAAAGGAGGAAGGAAAACUCAUUUUUCUGUAUAGGUUAAAAGGUCCACAGCUUGGGCUGGCCAGUAUUUAUUCUAUGGCCAAACCAUUUUGAAUUGGUGUAAAGUUUUAAAUGAGUUAGGGUUUCUCUCCCCACGCCCGUAUUGGAGUUACAAAAGAUAUUCCCCCCGCCUCCUUUGUUCCUGUUUGUGUCUGUUCUCAGUCUUUAUUUCAUUCUCGUCUUCUCCCAGCGUGAAUUGCAGACAAACUCUUCAGCCCUUGUCUCCACACAGAUCAAAGCAAUGCUGUCUGUCUGUUCGUGUGCUCAUUUCUCAGAUCUGCAAUAAUCCAUCAGGUUAAUGUUUUUACCUAAAAAUAAAAUAGAUUUGCUUCACCGUUUUUGUUUAUAGUUCUGUGCUGUUCACACACACACACACACACACACACACACACACACACACACACACACACACACCUGUCUAAUUGCUUACAUUACAGUACAAGUAAGUGGUCCUGUGGUCACAAGUCAAGCAAGGUCUUGCUGCUGUUUACAGCUUCUUGAAGAACAUUAGAUGUGGAAAGGAAGUGGAAGCAGAGCUUUCUUCCUGAGGCUUAAAUGAAGACUAAUAAAUUUGAACUCUUGACUUCAUCUCCUUCAAUAUGAGAUGCAUCAUUUAAAAACAAACAAACAAACAAACAAACCUGAACUUUGAAGAAACUAAUUGUACUGACAUAGAGCUGCCUUCUUUAUUCCAUCACCCAAAAGGAAGGUAGUGGGUUAGUUUACUCCUGUAAUUGUCAUUCUACACUGACCUUGCCUUAUGUGGAAACAUCCCUUGGGGACAGAAAUCUCUUGACAGUUUGCCCAGUCAGUGGGAGGAGUUGGGGCCAGGAAGUCUCUGCUCACAGAGGCUUGUAAAUGAGCAGUGUUAUCUGGAGGCAGUUGUGUUCUGCAGUUUCACCUUGAUGGCUAUGGGAUCUGGGCCCCUUUGUCUCCUGUUCUCCUGUUUUACAAACUGAGCACAAAGAUUUUUGUGUGAAAAUAGCAUUGUUUCCCCUCACUUUUUAAAGAUCUGUUAAAAUGUAGACAUCUGUAUAAAACAAAGUGAUGUUUCAUAUUAAAAUAAUAUGUAUUUGCAUUUUA